AUUAAAGACACCAAAUAAAAUGGAAAUCGAGACGUUCUCUCAAGAUCUCAUUAGGACGAGUACACCGACGAACCUUGUUAGCUAUUUUCCGUGAAGUUGGUCACAUUGUUCGCCGGAGAUCGGACGAAUUUCUGCCGUCCGAUCUCAGUUCAGUUACAGAUCCGAAUCCCCAUUUCCUACAAGGCUGCUUGAGCUCAAAAUUAAACUGCUAUGGGAUCUGAUGGUCAAAAUUGGUAUUUGGGUUUAACCUAUGACCAAUGGGUUCCUCUGUCUGUCUCUGGUCCGACACCAGCUGCUCGCUACAAGCAUGCAGCUGUCACAGUUGAUGGGAAAUUAUAUAUCAUCGGUGGAAGUCGUAAUGGACGAUACCUGUCUGACAUUCAGGUCUUUGAUCUAAAAAGUUUGACAUGGUCAACCAUAAAGUUGAACUCUGGAGUUCUUCCAGCUACCUCUGGCCACAAUAUGACCUUGUGGGAAAAUAAACUUCUAUUUCUUGCUGGUCACUCAAAGGAUGUUUCUGACACGGUAACAGUGCGGUUCAUUGAUCUUCAAUCAUAUGAAUGUGGUGUUAUAGAGACCUUUGGAAAACUUCCGGUAGCUCGAGGUGGGCAAUCUGUCACCCUUUUUGGAUCUAAACUCAUAAUGUUUGGUGGAGAAGACCAGCAUAGGCGUCUGCUAAAUGAUAUUAGUGUUCUUGAUCUAGAGACAAUGACUUGGAGUACUGUUGAGACCACGCAGACGUCCCCAGCUCCCAGGUUUGAUCAUACAGCUGCACUCCAUGCCAAUCGCUACCUUCUGAUUCUGGGUGGAUGUUCUCAUUCAAUUUUUUUCAACGAUCUUCAUGUCCUUGACUUGGAAACGAUGGAAUGGUCUCAACCACAACUUCAGGGGGAUCUGGUUAGUCCAAGAGCUGGUCAUGCUGGUGUUACUAUAGGUGACAACUGGUAUAUUGUCGGUGGUGGAGAUAACAAAAGCGGUGUGCCAGAAACACUUAUGUUAAAUAUUAAAGGUGGAGAUGUCCACAAGGUUACUGCAAAGGGUAAGACAUGUUCUUGUCGAAAAUGGAGAAACUAUCAUAUAUCAUGCUCACAUGCCAGUAAAUUUUGUGGACACAGUGAAAUCAAGCCAAAGUCAUAUACAUCUGGUGUGCAAGUAAGAAGCCGACUUAAGAAUGAUAUGGAUAUAGCUCCUGCUCGCAUGACUAGAAAAUGUAGUCUUUGCAAGGAAAUGGGUCACACAAAGGCACAAUUCCCUACUCGAUUUUAA